GGGGCGGGGCGGCGGCGGGCGCCAUGGAGGGCGGCGGCGGCGGCAGCGGGCGGCGGGUGGUGGCGGUGGGCGCGGGGCUGGCGGGGCUGGGGGCGGCGCAGAGGCUCCGCGGGCACGGCUCCCUCCGGCUGCUGGAGGCGGCGGCCCGCGCUGGGGGCCGCGUCUGCACCCGCCCCUUCGCAUCGGGGCUGGUGGAGAUGGGGGCACACUGGAUCCAUGGCCCCUCGCCGGGGAACCCCGUCUUCCGCCUGGCCACCCACUACGGCCUGCUGGGCCCGGAGGCUGCCCGGGAGGAGAACCAGCAGGUGGAGGUGGGGGGCCACUCCCCGCUGCCCUGCGUCACCUACGGCAGCUCAGGGAGGGUGCUGAGCCCCCAGGUGGUAAGCGAAGCCCGUGACCUCUUCAACACCCUUCUGGCCUCCGCCCGCGCUUUUUGCGGGUCCGAGGAGCCACCGGCACCCAGCGUGGGACAGUACCUGCGGACGGAGAUCGCCCGGAGGCUCCCCGCUUUGGGAAGGGGCGAGGAGGACGCCCAGCGGCUCCAGCUGGCCGCCCUCGCCGCCUGCCUCAAGCUGGAGUGUUGCAUCAGCGGAACCCACAGCAUGGACCUGGUGGCCCUGGCGCCCUUCGGGGAGUACGUCUCCCUGCCUGGCCUGGACUGCACCUUCCCGGGCGGCUACAGUGGCUUGCCCGAUCGCAUGCUCUCAGCUCUGCCAGAGGGCACCGUCCUGCUCAACAAGGCAGUGAGGACUAUCCGGUGGCAAGGGUCCUUCCGCGAGGAAGGGGACGAGGCCAGGGAUUUCCCCGUCCAAGUGGAGUGCGAGGACGGAGACACCUUCCUCGCCGACCACGUCAUCGUCACUGUCCCGCUGGGUUUCCUCAAGGAACGCCACCAGGACUUCUUCCAGCCUCCCCUGCCCAAGCGGAAAGCAGAGGCCAUUCGCCGCCUGGGUUUCGGCACCAACAACAAGAUCUUCCUGGAGUUCGAGAAGCCUUUCUGGGAACCCCAGCAGCAGCUCCUUGAAGUGGUGUGGGAGGACGAGUCGCCCCUCGAGGAGCCCAGUGCCAACCUGGAGGCCAACUGGUUCAAAAAGCUUGUUGGAUUCGUGGUCCUCCAACCGCCGGAGCAGCAUGGGCACGUCCUCUGCGGCUUCAUCGCGGGGAAGGAGUCGGAGUACAUGGAGACGCUGAGCGACGCGGAGGUUCUCGGCACCAUGACACACGUCCUCCGCACGCUGACAGGUACUGCUGCCUUCUCCACCCUCGUCACCCCAACCCCCCCCCGGGAAACGCGCACCCAGAUUUCUGGAUGCCACCCAGAAUCCGUGCCUGCAGGGAACCCACGCCUGCCCGCUCCCAGGAGUGUGCUUAGGUCCCGGUGGCACAGUGCUUCCUAUACCCGGGGCUCCUACAGCUACGUGGCCGUUGGCAGCUCAGGGGACGACAUCGACGUGCUGGCUCAGCCCCUGCCUGAGGACCCCAAGGACUCCAGGCCUCUGCAGCUCCUCUUCGCCGGUGAGGCCACCCACCGCACCUUCUACUCCACCACCCACGGAGCUCUGCUGUCAGGCUGGCGAGAGGCUGAGCGCCUCAACCAGCUCUUCAAGGCACCCGGCCCCGCUCCUCAGCUCUGAGGUGGCAAAAUAAAACCCGUGCGUCGUGGCUUGCA